AAGGCAGUAGUGAUAAUGUCGAUUUUCUUCGAUUUCCACGUUGAACCUGGUGGUAAAAAGUUUAGAAGAGCCAUAGAUUUGGAUAAACAUGAGAUCAAUCUGUUCAUGGAUAAAGAGCAUACUAAAGCUAUAUUUGGAGAUGUGGACAUAGGUGCACUCAUUGAGCUGGCAACCCUUUCGAUAUGCCUAAUAAAUGACCAGAUGAAACUGAUCGGGUUCAUGGCACUGAAUGACCAUCCUAAUGUCCCGGGAGUGCCGGCUGCCGACUGGGAGUACUGGCUGAAGAACAUGUUUCAGCGUAACUUGCUGCCCCACAACACCUUAUUUCUUCACAUGAUGUGUUGUGCUGAAUUCGCCAACGACUUUUUCCUGGACGAAGCUUUCGCGUCUGUAUUCAGCAAUGAUGAAUAUCUGCGGCAUAUUGUGCUCAUACCACCGCCGACUUGCACGUUUGACAUACUAUCGAGGUACAGACCGUUUCGCAAGCACAUAAUAAAGAGGAUACCGUCUAAGCGAGAAGAUGACGACGCGGGAUUCUACAUGUACUUAGCGCAUCGGGAUGAAUUCUAUCCAGACCUCUCUGUUCGUGUCGCUGUUGAAGAAGACAAUGACGACGUAGUGGAGAUCCUGGACAAACUGCAUCCGAGCAUGAAGAAGUUGUACGGAGACUUCUAUGUCAGCGAGAUCAUCGGGCGACACCCGGAGAGCCCGAGGAAAAUCGUCGUAGCACAGCAAGACGACGAGGCUGUCGGGUUGAUGUGUCUCAACGCACAAAUCGACUACCAAACUUUAUCAAAGACGUAUGAUCUUACUCCAUACUUCGGCCUGAGGAAGGUGACAGGGCAAGAGAAAGAAGAGUUGUGGAAGGCAAAUUCAUCGUUUUUCGCUUUCGGAGAACCAAUUUUGCUUGGAAAACGUAAUCCUUUCGAUAGUGUUGCUGACUUAAUUGACAUAAACGAGAUUCCUCGUAAAACAUCGACGCACACGCCACGGAAAACCUCAAGCCACGUUUUCUUCAAGAAGAACGCAGCCAUGAGGCGCAGCAUGGAUCAGUUGUUCUUCAACAAACAUUCUGAUGAUUUCAGCGAUAAGGUGUACAUUCCGUCCCGGUCGCCUUCUCUUUUCACUAACGCAUCUCUUCGCCCCAGCGUGGUUUUGGAUGAGGAUCCAUUCGACUACGAUAUAGUUAACAUUGACUCCAGCCUGCUCGCUGUACCAGAUGUUCCGAUCCCGCUGCGAAAGAUCUCGUCUUCUCUGUGGCUGAAAGAACAGAACUCACAUGAAAAAAUUAAACGGUUUAAAACUAGAAAACGAUCGACAGUAAUAAGCUCAAAAAGGCUAAAAAAACAAAGGAAACUAUUACUAACGGCUAUGCAGGCCAAUACUAGCGAAACAGUAGAAUCAGAGUAUCGCGGAGAGCCCAACGCGUUCAGCAUUGAGCUGUAUGCCUUGCGAGAUGAUAUUGACGAAAGAAAAGGCUAUGACUUGCUGCAGGCUGCUUUUGAAUUGAUGAAAGACUACGAAUAUUGCUUGCUUCGAAUGCCUUGUACCAGCUCUUCUAUGUUCUUGCUGAGACAUUUUUGUUUUGUGCCCUGUAAAGAUAAACUUUGCAGUGAUUAUGCGCUGUACAUCGCUCACAGGAGCUCAGUUUUGGGAAAAUUGACCGUCCGUAAAGCGGAGAUGGUGGAUGUUCCACAGAUAUCUAGGCUGAUGAACCAUUUGGACGGCAAGGAAGCUAUGUGGUUGGUUGAGAACAGUAUCAUGGGCAAGCAGCGGCAUGAAGCCUUUGUGUUUGUGUGUGGACUUGAUAUUAUCGGCUUUGCGGUAUUAGAACCUCCGGAACAAAUAGAUUUCUUACAAGCUCGCUACGACAUGGAUGCAUUUCGCAUCCCAAAAUACCAUCACUCUGGCCAAGGACCACAUGUGGGGUUCGUCAACAUUAAGACGGCCCUAGUGUACCCGGUUUUCGAAGUACAUUUUCGGUUCUUCUUUAGAGAGAUCAUGAGGCUGUCAGGUGCUGAUACCCUGAUUUGGUUUACUGGGUAUAGGAACAAAUGGGUAAUCCACAAAGCUAACUCUAUGGCUUUAUCAAUGGUGCCACUUAAACCAAGGCAAUGGGAUCCUGUCUUUAGUUUAGUUCCAGAGCUGAAGAAAAUAGGAAAAAUGGCUAAGAAAGUCAUGGCAUUUAGUUCGUGGUUUUUGAGCAAGAAAUUAACCAGUGUGACCCGGCUCAAUGUCGACACAAGGAUCAUCGUUGUCGGAGCAUCGAGAACUGCUGUGGGAUUUCUAAGCAAACUUUUGUUCAGUGACGCGUCAUCGUACCUGACGUUCACGAGUGUAACCCUCGUGUCAACCGACGGCUUGCCGUACGUUCGCCACCCCGACCCCUGUGCAGAGAUGAUGUUCCCCCACCACCGCACUACAACGCAGAACUACCUUCAGAGCACGCCCUAUACGUAUUAUGCCAACGUGGUGCAAGGAACUUUGGUGGAAAUUAAUAAGGAGGACAAAUAUAUAAUAAUAGCAAGUGGACAGCGGUAUUACUACGACAAACUCUUCCUGAUGUUGGGCCAGCAGUUUCAACACCCGGAUUAUCUGAAAGCCGUUUUAGAUAGAGAAAGGGAUAUUCGACACGGAAUGACUCCAUCAUACACUCGCUUGGACGUCCCAUCUCUCCGAGAGCCCCAGAUUGAGACCAACUACGACACGCCACCAAACGUGUUCAUCAUCAACACAAUCGCAGAUGCAAACAAGGUGGUGCGACAGGUCCGCAACUUAACUGUACAUUACAAUGAAAAAAUAAUAGUAUACGGAUCGUCAUUGGAAGUCUACUGCUGUUUAGCUGCGCUGAAAGAAAUGAAUAUUUCGAGCAAAAGAAUCGUAUUUGUGGAACCGUUUCCGUCGGAAGACCUGCGGCAGACCCGAGUUCCCAUUUUCAAUAACGUCUAUGUUGACCAAACGAUCUCCGAAGUCCUCGAUGAGCUUGGUAUAAAAGUGCUACGCUCAUACUACUUCCAGUAUUGGAAGACCGAUGACCGAAACGUGGUCACCCACGUCAGCUUCUUAUCGCACUUCCAUAUGGUUGAGCUGGAGUGUGCUGCGCUGUUUUAUUAUGGCACACAAGGGCUCGACGCUGAUGCCUUCCAAGCAAUCCAUAAAAGUGGCAUAGUAUACUCGGAGGGUAUUCUAAUCGACCACGAGUGUCGGACGAACGACCACUCGAUAUACGCCGCGGGACCUGCCACACGAUACAGCUCGCGCUAUUUCGCUGAGAUGAGGAACCAUCAGUAUUACGACUCUUUUGAAGUUGGAGUAAAGCUCGGAAUACAAAUCAGAAACCAGCUGGACCCGCUAUUCUCACAAAACACGCCAAAUUCUAGAAAAUCGAUGCAGACCUCUGUGAAGAGCGUUAGCUUCGAUUCUACCAUUUACCCCACUACUGCCAGAACAUUCGCUGAGACUGGGGAGUCGUUCUACAGUUAUAAAUCGACCAUAAAGCGAGAUUCAAAGCACCAACCAGACAAUGACCUUGACGGCCUGCCAGUGUACAAGAACCCCCACUCUAAAUACUGUAUCAUGCCAGGGGGACUACAAUAUCUGGAGGUUCGGACUCCGGGGAUGAAGAUUCCACAUCCUUAUGUACAGUCCUUGGACCAUAAUGGCUUCGUGAUGGAAACAUUUAAAACAGGCUAUUUCAAGUUGCACAUGACCCCAAACUUUAUCGUGGAUGGCAUCACGUGUUUGACCCCUGCGAAAUACUCCAUCGCGCACUUCAAGGCGCUUUUUGGAAAACCUGCUACAAUAUUGAACAAUGUUCACAUAAAAUACACUACUAAGAAAGUGAAAAACUUAUACGAAUUCUUCAUUUCACCGGGCAUCAUGUUUUUGUAUCACGAUCAUAUUGACGAACUGUUUGCUGUUGUCAAGGAAAUUUUACCUCUGGAUAAACCCAAUGGCGAAACCCUUAGCGAAGCAUUAACGGAGGCUAACGACAAAUACAAAAGGACAGCAGCCAUCCGUUCAAAAUUCGAGAAGUCUCCCCACGUGGAAGCCAUCGCGGCGUACGUUCUCGAAUGGGUAUCACAGAAUGACCUACUGCUACCCAUGUACUAUCAGCCCUGGCAGUUACCUGACUUCCAGCAUGAUAGUGGACUACAUCCUGCCUUCGUGGAAAAGAAAGUUACAUCACGAUUCUGUCAGGAAUAAAUGUCUGGAAAUAAAUUGAUGAA